AUGAGUACUUUUACUUCAUUGCAGGGUUUUGUAGUAGUGUAUUCGAUAACGAGCCAGCAAACUUUCCAUGACAUUAAGACGAUGCGGGAGCAAAUUGUACGGGUCAAGGGAACGGAACAAGUACCUAUUCUCCUUGUCGGAAAUAAAUGCGAUUUGCAACAUCAACGACAAGUGAGGACAGAUGAAGGCAUUGCUCUCGGUGGGUGGCGUUUACUACGUAUUUAUACGCUUGUCAUCACAUGCAAUAUGUAG